UCGGCGUCGUCGUCGUGGUAUACCACCAGCAUCCGCGCUGCAGUGCGGCCGCAUCAGCCAUCACGGAACAUACAUACCGAAUAAUAUAAAAAUUGGUGCAGUGCGCGCGAGUAGUGCAAACAACAACGGCUCUUAUCCCGCACUGCAAAGUAUACGUGGUACAUGAUAUAUGUAAAAAAAAAAUAAAAUAAAAUCCAUCAGGAGGUGCGGACUGUGCGGAGGUGUGUGCUCGGUGGUGCAGUGUAUUCAUAUUUAAACUGGAAGAUCGCGCGGAGGCAGGUCAACCGAGUUCGCUGCCGCUGGUUGCACCUACAUAUAUAUAUAUACAUACACGCAUAAAUCAUCUAAGCGCGCACAGGUAUAGCCGCGCGACCGGAGGAUACCUACCUACCCUGGAGGAUGCCUUAGAGUCGAGGACGAGCAGGAAGCGCGUCUAAACGGAGCCGAGCGAGGGAACAAUACGAGGGACCCCGUCCAGUCACCGUUGCCACAGCUGUCCUACCUGUGGAUACACUCCGGGGGUAGAUAGCCGGAGCUGAUUAACUACAGUAAAGAUGAGAUUUGCAGGAUGCAUCAUCGCCACACUCGUAUUGCACGUGGCAGGCCUGAACCAAUCCCCGCCAAGGAUUACAAAACAGCCCCCCACAGAUGAAGUUCUGUUUCAAGUAGCCCAAGUCAACGAAAAUGAAAAACCAUUUCUGAUCGAGUGUGAGGCCGAAGGAGAACCGGCACCAGUGUACGAAUGGAUAAAGAACGGCAAGGACUUCAAAUGGCAGGCGUACGACGACCGCAUAUCGCAGCAGCCGGGCCGUGGUACGUUGGUGAUAUCGAAGCCACGAGACGAGGACAUCGGUCAGUACCAGUGUUUCGCGCGCAACGAGUGGGGCAUAGCCACGUCGAACUCGGUGUUUGUGCGCAAAUCCGAGUUGAGUUCGUUCAAGGUUCAGAGCUCGGAGAAGGUCAGCGAGGUCGAGGGCAGUCCCCUGAAACUGACCUGUCAGCCGCCCGACGGUUGGCCCAAGCCCAACGUCUACUGGCUCAUCCAGGACAAGGUCGGCAACAUCAAGUCCAUCAACAAUUCCCGCAUGACCCUCGAUCCCGAGGGCAACCUCUGGUUCAGCAACGUGACCAAGCACGACGCUUCCGUGGACUUUUUUUACGCGUGCGCGGCCACCUCGGAUUUUCGCAACGAGUACAAGAUCGGCAACCGCGUCGUCUUGGACGUCAUCUCGGCGGGAUCCAGCGCCAAUUUGAACAAACGCGAGCCCGUGAAGCAGUACGUCAGCCGUAAGAACGAGGUCGCCCAUCGGGGUAAGAAAAUCGAGUUGUUUUGCAUCUACGGUGGUACACCGCUGCCCUUGACCACGUGGUACAAAAACGGCCAGAAGCUACAACCGAACGAUCGAGUGACGGAGGGUAAUUACGGCAAGACGCUCGUCAUCAAGCACGUGAACUUCGAGGACAAAGGGACGUACUCGUGCGACGUAUCCAACGGCGUGGGCUCAGCUCAGUCCAAUUCCAUAAAUCUGGAGGUCAGAUCGGUGCCCUACUUUACGGUCGAGCCCGAGAUAAUCAACGCUUCCGAAGACGAGACCGUGGAAUUCAAGUGCGAGGCGAGGGGUGCACCCGAGCCACAAAUCAAAUGGAUAUACAACGGCAAGCCCAUAUCCGAGGCGCCGUACAAUCCCAGGAGAAAAGUAACGCCCAACUCCAUCAUACUCGAGAACUUGCUGAAGAACGACACCGGCAACUACGGUUGUAACGCCACCAACUCUCUCGGCUACGUGUACAAGGACGUGUACGUGAACGUUCAGGCUCUCGAGCCAGAGAUACUCCAGCCGCCCAUGGACGAGGCGACCGUCGAUGGGAAAACGAUAAGACUGACCUGCCACGUGUUCGGUGCGCCCAAGCCCGAAGUCAAGUGGUUGAGAAACGGGCAGGAGCUCACAGGCGGAAGGUACAAGAUCUUGGAAACAGGUGACUUGGAGAUCGAAGAUGUUUUAUUCUCGGACGCGGGCGAAUACCAGUGCCACGCGUCCAACAAAUUGGGCAAAGUCAACGCCUCGGGAUUAUUGGCGGUCAAGGAGCACACGAAAAUUACGGACGUACCGGAGGAUUACGAAGUUAAAGCCGGCGACAUGGCAACGUUCAGAUGUAACGCCGUGACGGAUUCAACGUUGAAACUGAAAAUCGACUGGCUGAGCAAGGGGGAGCCGAUAAUAUUCGGAGCCGAGCCGCGUUUCGUGAAGACAUCCGACCACUCGCUAGUGAUCACGAAAACUACGGAAUUGGAUUCGGGCACUUACACUUGCGUGGCGCGCACCGACCUCGACGAAACUCAGGCUCAGGCGACUCUCAUCGUGCAGGACGUGCCAAACUCGCCGACACUGCAAAGCGUCAAUUGCGGGGCAAAGGAGGCGUACGUCAGUUGGAUUCCCAAGGGUGACAACCGAUCGCCGAUUCUGAGGUACACGAUUCAGUACAACACGUCUUUCACCCCGGAUACUUGGGAAAACGCGAAAGACCACGUGCCAGCGACGGAACAACGGUACGCCAUACAGAUGAGCCCGUGGGCCAACUACACCUUCCGCGUCAUAGCUUGGAAUAAAGUCGGACCAUCUCAACCAUCGUCCCACAGUCAAGUUUGCACGACACUGCCCGAUAUUCCUUUCAAAAAUCCUGACAACAUCAACGGCCGAGGAGAUGAUCCUCAAAAUCUGAUCAUCUCGUGGACAGCCAUGCCCCAAAUAGAGCACAACGCGCCUAAAUUUAUGUACCGAGUGUAUUACAAACGAGACAUUCCGGGAGAAAAAUGGACCAUCGAAGAUGUACACAAUUGGAAACAGAACACGUUGAGAGUCAACAAUCAGCCGACUUACGAAAGGUAUAGAAUAAAAGUCGCCGCUAUCAACGAAAAGGGGGAGUGCAGAGUGCAGCCGGAAGAAAUCAUCGGCUAUUCCGGAGAAGAUGUGCCCUUGCAAGCUCCAGGAAACUUCUCGUUGGUACAAGUGAGAUCGAGUACAACGGCUCUCUUGCAAUGGACCCCAGUUCCACCAGAGUCGGUGAAGGGCGAGUUGAAAGGGUACAAAAUUCAAACUUGGACAGAAACUGAUGGAAAAGAAUCCAUGAGGGAAUAUAACGUACAAGGUGGCAACAAGACGUACGCGCUGGUCAAUAACUUUAAGCCUUUUAGUAUGAAUUUUGUUAAAAUAAGGGUUUACAACGGAAGAUACAAUGGUCCUCACUCCGAAGUAUUGAGCUUUAAAACACCAGAAGGUGUUCCAGGAACGGUGAUGGAUUUACAAGCUCACCCGAUUGGUUCGACAGCUAUGCUGUUAAAGUGGAGUAAACCCAUUGAAAUAAACGGUAUCUUGACAGGAUACAGGAUAUCCUACCAGUUAAUUAAUGGUUCUAAAGUAGGAAGCGAAAUGGAGAGGCAUCCACAGAUAACAGAUCCCGAAGCUUCAAACGCGAUACUGCCGUCUCUCAUGCCUAAGACAAAGUACCGAAUAAGUAUUCGUGCGACGACGAGAGCUGGACCGGGAGAACCGUUCUUCGUUGAAAAAAGUACGCCUGUAUCGAAACGUCCAGAUGUACCAACGUUUUCGUGGUUAAACAUUUUAAAAGAAAGUGGACUGUCGAACGUCAGGAUUACUUGGGACCAAAAAACGGAGGGUUUCGCAGGGAGUUACUUCUUUGCCAAAUACCGCUUGAAAGGAGAAACCAUCGACUUGGUUACAAAGCCUGAAAAAUUGGCCAACGAGAUUGAGAUUCGUGGACUUGAGAGCGGGCGCACAUACAUUAUGUCGAUUGUAGCGGUCGAUGGAAACUACAUGACGGAAAGUCUCCCUCAAGAAGUUGAGACCAGUAACGAAGGUCCCAUCAUCGAAGCACAGCAAAACGUAGCCACAGCUGGCUGGUUCAUCGGUAUGAUGACGGCCAUUAUAAUCCUCCUGUUGAUUCUGAUAAUCGUGUGUGCAAUCAAACGCAACCGAGGUGGCAAGUACGCGGUACACGAAAGGGAAUUAGCAGCAGGCCGAGGAGACUUCCCCGACGAAGGUGGCUUCCACGAGUACUCCCAACCACUGGACAGUAAAUCUGGCGGUGGCAGAACAUCGAUGGCUUCGUCCCAUCACGACAAGAACCCGGAGUCUGAUACGGACUCGAUGGCGGAGUAUGGAGAAGGCGAUACGGAAGGUAUGAACGAGGAUGGCUCAUUCAUUGGUCAGUAUGGCCGGCACCGGAAACAACCACCAGCGCGUUUUACCGAAGAUGGAUCCUUCAUUGGUCAAUACGGACCAAAAGGUAGACCGAUUCCGAUUGAGGAGAUUCCGCCACCGAUACCAACUGGCUCAACAGCUACUUACGUGUAACCCCGCACACUUCAAUUGACGGAACCAACUGUUCGACGUGGAUAAACCAUGAUGCAGCUUGCGCAAGGUGCAACCUCUGUAACUGAUAAUUAUAAAAAUCUCGUCUUUAAGAGUUUUUCAACACCUCUUGUAUACUCUCACCAUAAAACGAAUACUACAUUUUGGGCGCUCCAUUUUGUAAAAGGAUAAAAAAAAUCAUCAUAAUUCAUCAGCGACCUCAUUUAUUAGAUAGCAAAAAUUUUAGCGUCCUUAACAUGUACGAGAGUGUUAUUUAUAGGUCGUUAGAAGAAACAAAAGCACAAGAAUGAAAAAUGAGAGGAAAAAAAUCACUGUUCCGAACGUUUAUAAUAAGUGCGCCCUGCGUUGCUUUUUUACACGAAAACUUUAAUAGGAGAGAUUUUUUGCAUUUUAAUUUGCAUCCGGAUUGGACUAGUACAGUCCAAAGAUCCACUUUGUUUUGAGUAGCAUGCAAGCCUAUAAAUUCCAAGGCGGUGUUUUUGUUCUUCAUUAUCUUUCAAUGAAAGUGUAUUCCGGUAUUUUCGACCGGAAUUAUCGCCUGCUUAUUACAGGGUACAAGUUACGUUUAAAUUGUUUCAAAUUGAUUAUCUUAUGUAGGCAAAAAUUAUACAAAUCCUACGUUGUUUUAAAGUUGCUUACGUAGUAGUGAAGAAAAAAAAAAAAAAAAAGAUAAUUACAUGUUUGUAGAGAGCAUUAAUCGAUAUGUUUAUUCAAAGUAUAUUCUUGCGUUGCCAGUGUCCAUCACUUUAGAAUAUAUUUUAUAUUCAGUCUUUCUGAGAAAAAAUGACUCCCCUAAAAAUCUGUCAGUCGUUUACUCAGUGUAAAGUACACUCAUAAGCGUCUGACGUUCGACUGAAAUUUUUUCAAUAGCCAAGAAAAAAACUAUGCUAAGCUCAACCAUGAUAUCUCCAAUGAUAAUUCAAACACGAUACUUAUGAUGUAUCAAAUUUUUACUCUGUAGGCAGUGGGCCCAAAUGAAGUAUAAGAAAUUCUAAUACAUUGCAAAAUAUAAUGAUAAUAAAAAAAGAGUUCAUCGAAUGUUAUAAAUGUAAACGAUCGUACUUUCAAACUUUGUCUCUUACAAGGUGUGAUAGUACUCUAAAAGAAAAUAUAAAUUAUAAAAGAAUUAAUUAUUGAUAUUAUACUAAAAAAAAAAAAAAAAAAAUUAUUGUAAAUGCACUGUAGUAGUUAAUCGCGAACACAGAGCUUCUAAACGUUGCUAUUUGUACGUGAAACGCGCUUUAGCUGGAUAAAGGAGACGAGUACAAUUCCUUCAUUUGAAUUUUUUUUAUCUUUUAUUAUUUUUAGAAAAUAUAUUUAAAUGAACUUACUUCCGAAAUUUUUUAUU